AUGAAUACAGUCUUUGGAGCCAUCCCCCUCCUAUUCAGGCAUCCGUCUGCCUAUGGCCUGUCCCGGAUCACCAGCAGUCUGUUCCUCAGCAAUGGGGAAGCCGCCAACAACAAGCUUCUCCUCUACGCCAACCGGAUCACCACUGUUAUCAAUGUCUCCGUGGAGGUAGUCAACACCUAUUUCCCAGACAUUUCUUACAUCCAGGUUCCUGUCCUCGACAUCCCCUCAGCUCGCCUUUAUGACUUCUUCGACCCUGUCGCUGAUAAGAUUCACGCUGUUGAAUUAAAUCAAGGCCGCACUUUGGUGCACUGUGCUGCAGGCGUCAGCCGCUCCGCUGCCCUUUGCAUGGCCUUCCUGAUGAAGUACCAUUCAAUGUACCUGGCCAACGCGUAUGCCUGGGUCAAGGCCUGCCGUCCCAUCAUCCGUCCCAACAUCGGCUUCUGGCAACAGCUCAUUCAGUAUGAGCAAAAACUCUUUGGGAAAACCAGCGUCUCGAUGAUCCGGUCUGCACUGGGGGUGAUUCCUGAUCUCUACCAAAAUGAGGUAAUGAUUGGCUUCUAG